CAGUUGAACGCUAACCGUGCCAUCGAGUGGAAGUGGAAGUGGAUUAUUGACCAGAGAGUGCCGAGACUAGAUCACAGUGUGAUAGCUACUGAAUUGAACUGAUUUAAAGAAUACUGAGAAAUAUCAAACUGCAGGAAACUGAAUUACUUUUAAGGCACAUCACGUAUACGCCCUGUCACCCACCUUGAAAAUGUCGCUGAGAAAGAGCUUCCUGGGCUGCCUUCUGGUUGUCACCGCAUUGAUGAUGCUUCACCACGUCCAUGCCGAUGCCGACACGAAUGAAUUGGAUAGCCUAGAUACGUACAUGCUCCAAGGCGUAACGGUGUAUCCCCAUGAUCGACAGUGUGUCAUGGUCGGCGGAUUGUGCGUGAAGAGCGAAGACUGCUUGGAGCCCACCACAAAGCGGGGCCUGUGCCCCACCAGUGCCGCCUACGGUGUGGAGUGCUGCUAUGAACUGCCGGUAAGACCAGCGCCCUGUCAACAGCACGGAGGAGUAUGCAUGAGCUCUUGCAACAAGAGGCUCCUUCGACCCGGUAACGACUGCAAGAAUGGCCAAGCCUGCUGUCUCCUGUUAGUGUAAUACUUACGCAUAUGUAGAAGCAAACACACCACACAUACACACCCCAUGCACAGGAAAAGAAAACAUUCAUUCAAAACUAAAAUGUGACCAAAUCACUUUUUUGUCUUGCAAAAUUUAAUUUAUUAAUUAAUUUUGAUCAUAAGAAAAGCUAAAUAAACAUAAAUUCAAUGGAAUGUUCAUGGAAAUGUUUAUGAAAUUGUACUUAAACUAUGAUUGGUUUAAAAUAAUUUCAGAAGCUGUUUGACUAAGUAUCAAAUAAUAUUAUAUAUUUUAUUAUACGAGUCACACAAUAGGGUUUUAACCAUAAUUUAAACAUUGUUUAGGCAAGACUUGUUGAAUUAUCUUAUAUAUAUGUAUUUUGUAGAUUAAUUCAAAACGGCGUUUUGAUUUAAAAUAAAGGCGUGAACUUUUCCUGAAUAAAUACAAACAAAUAAAUAUAAAA